UUCUAUUAGAUUUCACAUAUGUUCAAGAAAACUAGUCGAACUUAAACUCGAAAAACCAACUUGAAAAAGGACAAAAAAAAAACUGUGCGUGUGUGUUUGGUAUUUUUGUUUAUUUGUGAAAAUAAUAAAGAUACAAUAUCUAUAUAAACUUCAUAUAAGAAAAAGAAGCAAAAAAAAAAGUAAUGGAGGAAGAUGUCUUAAACGCGUUAUUAACUCGAGCAGCCUACUUACCAGGUGGAUUUGAUCGUGAAGGCAGGAUACUGGUUGUGGUCAGCAUAAUAAACGAUUUACAGUUGUGGAAUAGAAAUUGCAUUGAAAUAUGCAUUUCAUAUAUAAGACGAUCGUUAAGCCCAGAACUUCUCAGCAAAGGCAUCGCAGUCAUAGUAGACGCUCAACGCUGUUCAUCUCGAAUAACUCGCACACAUUCCCGUACAAUUUACUCCCUCUUCGGAGAUACACCAAUUACACUUUUUCUAGUCAGAUCCGAAGGAUUUUGGGAAAAGCACGUUGAGCCAUGUGCCAAAUCCCACACAAAAGAAGAACCAAUAGUUGUAUCUAAAAGUCGUAUCUCCAAGUACAUAGAUACAAACAAUUUGCCAGAGGAAUUAGGUGGUACACUAACAUACAACCACGAUCUAUGGCUACAAAAUCGAAAGGCUAUUGAUGAAUUCCGUAAGACUUUCGAUCGGACCAUUCGAGACAUAGAGAAUCUGCAUGUUCUACUCUCGGACAGUAAAUCAUUGCGACCUUCAGAUGCUGAUCAGGAGCUCAAGCAGUGCACCCUGAUCUACUCUCAAGUACAAACUGAGAUAGCUGACACGAUAGAUACAGGUAAUCGACUGUUAACCCGGAUCACAGAUAGCUAUCGUUUGCAACCUCCGUCGACGUCUUCAUCGCCUUUGUCCACCGCCAACAACGAACAACACUCCCCUGGAACCAACCACACCUCUUCUCCUUUGACGAUCUCUCACUCAACCGCCACAAGUAGCACCACCAACCAGCAUCACAAGGUGUUGCCACCCGACAUGGCCAACGAGCGAGCACGCACCGAGCAACUACUGAUCGACAUCCAGAAGAAACAAACCGACAUUCGAUCGGCCUGGCGCGACCUGGAACACAGUGUCCAUGAAGCCCGUGAAGUGGCUGCCCUCGAAGAAGGCGUCGCCUUCGUCACAAAUUGGAUCCUUAAUACAGCCGAACAGAUGCUUAACCGCAACCAAACGAUCGGUUGCGAUGUCAAGGCAUGCGAAGAACUCCGGCGCGAACACGAAACCCUCGAGAUGGAAUGUCGCGAAACCUAUGGCUUCUAUGCGGAGCUUUUAUACAAGAUCGAAUCACACUCGAAGGCCAAAGAAUCUGCCAGUCCCGCCUACAAGGAUUUGAUGUCACAGCGGGAAUUCAUGAAUUUCGUUUGUCGCAGCUUUGCCACGCGUCUCGAACGACGACGCAACAUUCUAAUUACGUCGCUGCGAUUUUAUCGAUUGGUCACCGAUUAUUUCGAUCGCACCACCUCAGUAUUCGAAUCUCUAGUCAUGGGCAAUAAGGUUGAAGACUUUGAGGCGGCCGCAGGGAAUCUGCAAAAAUUGAAGGACAGUCAAGUGGGAUUGGAGGCCCUCGAAAAAGAACUGGUCAAAGAGGGCGAAAAACUCAGCGAUAUGCUGUCAAUGCCCGUUAAGGAUGCCCUCGGCCGAGAUCUGCAUAUCGAUUACAGCGAUGACAUUGUGAAUGUCAAAGAUAUUUUGGAUACGACAAUCGCCAGGCGGAACAUCUUCAUUGACAGUGUGGAGUUGCAGAAACUCACCUUGGAGCAGGUGACACACAUCCACACGUAUGAGUUGGACGCUCGAAUGGCCAGCAAAUGGAUGGACGACUUGUACGGUGUCAUGAUCAAGUGUCAUUCGCAUGUGGGCUGCAAUGUGCACGAGAUUCAGGUGCAGAAAGAUGAGUUGCAAACAUUUCAAGAAACUGGAAAGAGUAUCUACCAUUAUGGCUGCCAACUGCUUGAAGCAUCACAAGCUCUAAGAACAUCUUGCAAAUUGGAUACGGAAGCAACCAAAACAAUGUCCACACAACUGAGCAGCACCUGGCACAACUUACAAGCCAUAAGUCAGGAGCACAUGACCCGCCUCCGAGUGUCCGCCGUCUUUCAUCGCAGCGUCGAAGAAUACUGCAACAAGUUGCAUGACCUGAAAAUCUCUGUGUGUUCUCUAGGUGAAAUUGAAGAGUCUGAUUGUCGCCGCAAUCGCCUUCGAAAGUAUCUAGCAUUGCGCGAAAGACUUCUGGUUGAAGUGGGUCGAAUGGUGCGGCUAGGUAGAUUGUUAAAAACUCGACUUAAAGAGCCGUUCGUUUUGGAUGAUAUUGCCAAGGGCAAUACUACUACAACUUCUGAUGGCAACAGAUUUAAGGAAUUUUUCAAACCUCGAUCGUCCUCGAAUGGCGGCGACAACAAUGAGAAAAGCGAAGAUACUUUGAAUGAUGAUCAACCAAACGAUCAGCAGUCAGUUGCAGUUGAUGAUGUAAAUUUAAAAUCUGAUUCUAUUUGUAGCGAAAGUGAUCCAGCGGAACCAUCUGCAGUUGAAAGUGAUGCUGCUGCUAAAGCAUCAUUGGUUUAUCCAACUGGAAGAAAUGAAAUGGCAUCGAGUGCGAUUACAAAUAAACUGACAGAGAUUGCUGAAGUGGCUGAAGCAUUGGAUUCUGCAUUGAGAGAUACACAGAAUGGAUUGGAUCUUGUCGAGAUGAAUUCAAGUCCAUCGGGUGAAAAGAAAUUAGAUAAUAACCAUCAGCAACAUCAUCAUCAUCAUCACCAUCAUCAUCAUAAUAAUGCGAGUAAUAUUGAGGAUUGGCAUUCACGUUCGACUGAAGAUGAAUCCUUUGCAACUGCAUCUGAGGGUAACUUUACACCCCACUCACAUUCGUCAUCUUAUCAAACAGCAUCUGAAGGUCGAACACCAUCUUUUCUAAGUUCUGGAAAAACUUCCUUUGACCUAAGUGAUCUCGAAGAUACAAACUCUCAAAUAUUCCCACUCGAUAUGUUAUCUCCAGGCAACAUAUCAUACGAUGGAUCCUCAGAACCAAGUUUCGUAUCAGCCCAGCAAUCACUCACAACAUCUCCACAAUCAGUGCCAGCUGACUCGGGAAUAGACAGUACGUCUGACUUCAAAUCUGGUGUUGAGCAAAAAGAUGAAGAAGUCGGCGGCGAUGACAAUAAUCGAAGUCGAAGUGCAACACCAACUCCAGAAAAUGCCUCAACAUGUAAUCUUUUAGCCAGAAAUUCCAAUGAAUCUCAAACAGUAAUUGACCACGAUGUUCUGCAAGAGUCAACAACAACAUCAGCCAUUAGUAAUGGCCAUGGAACAGUCUCUAACAACGAUGAAGACCAAGAAGAGGUGAGCUCAAGAAGUGUGUGUUCAACUAAACCUACAGACUCCUGGCGGAGCAAAUAUUAUGGUCACGUGACAAAGCAAACAAUUAAAGGCUGUUUGUAGAAAAAAGUCUGCUUGAU